CCCAAUGGGUACGUGUGACAAAGAGAGAGCGAGAGCAGCAGAGGAGAAGAGAAGUUAGAGGAAAGUGGCAAAACAGACAGACAGAGACAGACUUUGAUUGUGGACCACUGCACACAAUGGAAGGCACUUUGUAAAUAAUUCGUAACGGGGAACUAAACUUGUUUGAGAGUCAACUAGGCACAGGAGAGAACAAGAGGAAAUGAAGGAGUUGGGGGAAAUGACGGUCUCCCUGAGCAAAGGAGACAAAGUAACACGACCCAAAGUUUGGCUUAAGAAUGAAUUUGUUCGCGUGGGACUCGCUGAAUCCCUUUGCACAUAUGUCAUGAUGACGUUUGGCCUGGGGUCUGUAGCCCAGGUAGUGACGGGACAGGGAGCAUUUGGACAGUACCUCAGCAUCAACUUGGGUUUUGCACUGGGUGUCACUAUGGGGGUGCACGUUGGAGGGAAGGUCUCAGGGGCACACAUGAACGCUGCAGUGACAAUCACGAUGUGCACGUUUGGUCGCCUGGCCUGGAGGAUGUUGCCCGUGUAUUUGUUUGCACAGUUGUUGGGAUCUUUUCUGGCAGCAGGGACUAUUUAUGCGGUCUACUAUGAGGCCAUACAUGAUUAUUGUGGAGGUAACCUGACUGUAGUUGGUGAUAGGGCCACUGCUGGUAUCUUUGCCACCUAUCCUGCACCAUACCUCUCGCUGCAGGCUGGAUUCAUUGACCAGGUGUUUGGUACAGGUAUGCUGCUGCUGUGCCUCAUGGCUCUGUCUGACCUGAAGAACAAACCAGCCGCGGCAGGCAGCGAGCCCGUCGCAGUCGGCCUCCUCGUGCUGCUCAUUGGCAUUUCUCUGGGCAGCAAUAGCGGCUACGCCAUUAACCCCAACAGAGACAUUGCACCGAGGGUCUUCACCGCCAUAGCAGGCUGGGGAGCUGAUGUGUUCAGGGCUGGACAUGGUUGGUGGUGGGUUCCUCUGGUUGCUCCCCCCAUUGGAGGUGUACUGGGUGCAGGGCUCUACAAGGCUUUAGUGGAAUUGCAUCACCCAUUUCUCUCUGAACAGGGUGAGGGUUUACUGGAUGAGUCAAAAGAGGACAUUGGCCCCCUAGACAAUCAUAAAAACAACUGUGCAGAUGCUUGUGUGUGAGAAACCCAGCUCUAUAUGUAUAUACUGUAUAUACAGUGUAUGCUGUUGAGAUGUUCCAUAGUUAUGGAGAGUUUUCAAAGCAGACCAAAAGCGACUUUGGCCAAGCAAUUUUAAAAUGUAAAACAAGAAGGUUUAAAACAAAACUUAAACCAUUUGAAAAAAGCGUAUGUAGAAAAAAAAGCAACAGCCCCGUCACAUUGCAGUUUUGUGAAAAUGUGAAAACAUCAUGUGUUGUGUGUGAUUUAUAGCCAAAUAUAAUACAUGUUAAUUUCCUUAUCAUUUGUUUAAAAUAUGUUGUAAGUAUAUUCUCUUCUUUGCAAUAAUUCAGCACUGAGAAACCUACCAGGAAAUGUAUGGAAGCACAUUAUAUUCACCUAAGAAUAUAAAUUAACAAAAAAAACAACAAAACAAGA